AAACUUCACUUCUUUUACACAGGAAAAUCGACAAUUUCAAAAUAAUCCGGCAGACAUUAUUGAGAAAAAAAUGUUUAUUGCGUCACAUAGGAAGACUUGGCCGGCACUCCUGUAGAGGAAACGGUAUCAUUCAAAACGCGCAUUCCUUGCUCCUUUGACACGUUAAUAGAACACGUCAUUUAGAGUUUGUGAAUGGUUUAUGUAUGUCAUUGCCGGGAUUUUCAACAUCCCACCACGAAUUAAGAAAAACACUCGAGUCCUGCUGGUUCAAGCAUGAAAAUCUCUUCAAACGGUGAGAAUAAUCCCACGAGUUCUGUUAUCCUUCCUACUAGUAAACGAUAUACCUCAUUAUCACUAAGGACUUGAAACAACACGCUACAUUGUGUGGAACGAGCGUGAUCAAAACGGACCGUACACACAAACCCGACAUCUUUUGUGUCGUAAAUUGUUUGCUUUGCAGACGACCGAGGCAAGUCAAACAAUUCUGCUUUUGAUUGGUUAAUAAAACGCAGCCCAAGGUAGGUCUGCUGUAGGCCGUGUGACGCUAGAAAGUUAUGAGCCGAAACUUGAAACGUGAAUGAAAGUGAUUUCAUGCGAAAUUCCUCGAUAUAAAAAAAAGAAAGAUCUGUUUCGUUUUAGAAUUGAAGAGUCUACUGUCAGACAUGAGACAUCAUUAAGACCACACAACAAAGACAUUACUCACUAAACGACUACUAACAACUGUCUUAAAAAACAAUUUGACACCAUGCCACAUAAGUGAGCUAUCCGCGUGCGGAUUGGUCUAUAGAGGUGUUACGUUACGCAAAAUAGAAAGUCCUUUGAAAGGUCAAUUUCCUAACUCGGGAAACGAAACACGACACGAGCUUGAGCUGCUCACCGCCUUCGAUGUACACCGAACGUUCUGGGGUAGCACAGAGCAAAAGGUUAUCGGUGAGCUAUUGUAAAUGAAAAGCAAUUAAGCUGAUCGGUAAAUUGAAGGCAGGCUGAAAACACGUUUGACAAAAGACAGGAAAAUUGAUCAGACGGACCGUGCGCGCGUGUGGUGUAUAAAAGCUGCUGGUGUUAGUAACAGAGUACAGUUACUUUGCGAGACGAAUCAUGAACAUGGAUUAUCAGCAUUUUGAAGGAACAGCUCUCGAACCAUAUGCACAUUCACCUGAAGGCUCUGCCUGCAGCUCGAGCGGGUCAGAAACAAGUUUAAGCCCGACACCAUCGCCACAAGCUGCAAUGUUUUACCCGCCAGGACACAGACUUACACUCUCCUACCACAAUCACUGUCAGUCGUACAUGAAACGACUCUACACAAACAGCAGAGAGCGGUGGAGGCAACAACACGUUAAUCUGGCGUUUGGUGAGCUAAGAAAACUACUUCCAACUUAUCCACCAGAGAGGAAACUCUCUAAGAACGAAAUCCUUAGACUUGCUAUGAAGUACAUCCGAUUUCUGGACGAUCUUCUCAAAGACAUGGGCGACAACAGCAAGCAGAAUCAAGAUUCACGCGAAUGUGUCUCUGACACAAAGCUCAAAGAAGAAAGACGAGAAAAAGGACAAUUACACUGCAAAAGACAAACCAACUGUUCUCUUUCAUUAAUGGAAGGAAUGGAAACAAAUGUUAUCGACUCAAACGCGCCAUCGAUAUUUGACGCGCAUUAACUUUCUCUGAAGAUGUCUACAUUUUACAACACGCACAGAUAUUUCACAUUUUCCGUAUUAACUGCGGUCUAAUGUGAUGAUAUCAGUCUAAUAUCUGACAAAUAAGGGCCUCAGUGGAACAUUGUCCACGAAUUGUUGCAGACUGGAAUUGUAAAUAGUGUAAUUAUUUCUAAGGCUGUUCUUUGUAAUCGUGUUUACUGUUAUCCUUUAACUUGUGUAAAUAGUUUUUUCCCCGCUGUUGUGUCUAGUUUGUUUGUUUAAGAGUUAAAUCGUCUCUUUAUUUGUAAUGCGUUAGGAUGUUGAACCCUCUAAAACUAUUAUGUUUAUCUGUCCAGAGAUUUGCCAUCUAAAGAAACUGAGCGCUCUAAUUAAUAAACACUUUCUCUGAUCAAGA